AUGACUUCCUCCAUGUCCACGAUCCUCAUCUUCGGCGGCACCGGCGGCAUAGGCGAAUCUUUCGCGCGGGCCUUCCACCAAAUGGGCAAAAAGGUCAUCAUCACCGGCCGCCGUGAAGGUCGCCUCGCGGCUAUUGCCAAAGAGCUCCCCGGUCUCGAAACGUACACCAUGGACAACAGCGACUUGGCUGCCCUCCCAAGCCACGUCGAGAACAUCCUAUCCAAAUACCCCUCCAUCGACACCGUCUGGGUCAACUCCGGCAUCCAAUACCAAGGCAAUUUCGCCUCGUUGGAUAACUUCACCGACGAAAAAAUCGUCACCGAAAUGAACACCAACCUGACCGCGCCCAUUAUCUUGGCCCGACACUUCAUCCCACACCUCUUGUCGCUGAAAGACCGCGAGGGCAACUUCAUGAUCACCUCGUCCGGCAUCGCAUUUGUGCCCGCGGGCAUGUUCCCCGUGUACACUCCCACCAAGGCGGGCGUACAUGCUUUCCUCGUCGGACUCCGGCAGACGCUCAAGGAUACAAACGUCAACAUUAUUGAGAUUGCGCCGCCGUAUGUGCGCACGGAUCUUGAUGCCGAGAAUCGUCUCGAUCAGGUCCACACUCCCAUGGAGCUAGACGACUAUACGAACCAGACGCUUGAAGCGCUUAAGAAGCCGGCCAAGGAGAUCAAGGAGGUUGGCGUUGGAUUUGCGGCGAUGGGGAUACAGACUUGGAGAACCGCUUUUGAUCCGAUCUUGGAAGCUACAGGAGUUGGUUUUUCUUGA